CUCUGCGGGCCUUCUCUCGUCUAUUGUGACGUCGCUGACUUUGAGCCCCCAGUGAAAGGUUUGUUGACCAGCCGGGCUGCCGAGCAUUGAUACAAAGUCGCCUAGAACCUGAGGUGUAGGGACAUUGUCGGUAGCAAGUCUCGAAGCGUCCGCGGAAGGAGAAUCUGACACCAUGCCACGAGUCACAUGGGCAAGGAAUGCAUAGCCUGCUUGCGAUGCUUGACGACACAGAUCGAGCCACAACUGUCCAAAGGCCAUCGUCCGGACAUUUUCGGGUGGCACAUACCAUCCGAACUGUGGGAAGAUGGCCAAAAUAAAAUCUCGAGCUUUGGUGGUCUGCCGCAUGCUGUUGAGAUGGACGUCAAUUUCUGCUAUCCCGGAACGUCGUCGAUGUCGGUCAACAUCAGCGGUCUUGCGAGUCACCACGCCGUUGUGCAGGAAGGCGUGGACGAAUUCGUUGUACUCUUGGUCGGAGCCGUCUUGAUCAACACCAUAUGAGAUCCAAGAGUAGGCUGUCGCCUGCAAAUGGUCCGUCAGCUGUUUGAAGCGAGUUGCGUAGCCCCACAAAUCGUCCUCAACAUCGAAGUCUUCAUGUUCAACAUGACCACAGAUGGUAAACUGAAUGGUAUCAGAGAGAACAGCCUCCUGCAGGACCCACAGUCGGUCAAACCAGGGCUCUGCCAAGGGAUGAAAGUAGUGAGAAGUCCUCAUGUGUCUUUGGAAGUUCUCUCUCGCUCCAUUCAUCCAGGUGUUGCCAUCGGCAGUCAUGGCAUCGGCACAGCAUUUGGCGAAACCCCCAGGCUCACGGAUCACAAUGGUUUUGGCGGCACCUCUGUAGAUAUUGGGGAUAUGGCGAACCACCCGAAUCCGUUCGUCUGGCACGGCUUGGUCGACGCAGAGGAUAUCCAUCCAGAAGAACUCACGACCAACAAGCUGUUUGAAUUCGUCUGCCAGAAAUGCGGCCUUGUGCGGUGAGGCAAGCACUUUCCAAGGGAUAUUGGGUAUGUCAUCCCUCCACUCAGCCUUGGCCCAGAUGUGUGAGAUGGCAAGGUACCGAGUUGUAUCGAUAUCAACAUCAUGUCUUUCGACAAGCCCAUCGUCUUGGAACUGGCACAGAGUAAGGACGGUCAUAUUGAUUAGACAGAAUUGCGACCUGAAGCGAACAGUUUUGACAGAUUGAGUACCAUGAUGAUAAGAUGGUUCUGUCGAUCAGCCUGCUUUUUUAUAAGGCAGGCAGAGUCAGAGUCCCCAUGACUCAGUGACAACACGAGGCAGUGGUUCAAUUGAUUCGACAGCCAGAGUGCUGAACAAGAUACCCUGUUUACGAGGGGGGAAGAAACACGGGCUGUGCAGAAGCAUCAAAGAUUCAACGAGACCCGUCAUGAUUGGCUGCUAUCGCCUUCCAGCUCUGGUUCAGCCGUACUGAAUUUAAGUAAAAAGAUCGGGCUGUUGUUGGACAAUGAGCCAGUCGACAUUGGAUCCCGUUGAUGAUGGUUGUCGAUAAUGUGUUGCUUGUGUUCGCUUUACUGUUGGUAUCCUGAUGUCAGUCAAGGAAAAUCUGGUGGGAGGCUUGGGGUUGAUCCGGAGGUGGGGCACCUGAAGAAAUAGGUAAGACUUUUAACUAAUGGCGUUGUCUCUAGGCACUAUGAGUGCCUGAAGGAAGCGCACAAGGGCCUAACGAGUGCCGAGGCCGAUUCCCCACCAUUCACCUUGUGCAUACUCAUGUGGCCGGCCAUACAAACCAAGCAAUUUGACCCAUGCACGUCCAUGUUUUCGGUUUAACACCCACCAUCACCACCACCACCACCACCACAAUUCAGCCUCCGACUUCAACCUGUUGUGGGGACAUCUCCGCAUCCAGAGUUCUUUCCGUGACACGCUCCAUAAUGCUUACAAUAACGAGUUCAUCCGCAAUCAAUCUCAGGUGGGUAGUAUAUUAGCAGACAUUGCUUCAUCCUGUUCAGCGCGCUGGGUCAAUUCUUUCUGUGGAUUACCUUAAUCGUACCUUCGAGACGAGAGCCAGUACCACUUACCAUCCGCAAUCCCCUUCUAACACCUCACUCUCACAAUGGCACCACAACUAGCAUGGCUGGGACUGGGCAACAUGGGUAGGGGUAUGUGCAAGAACCUCGUGGAAAAGGGAAACCUUUCGCAUCCUCUCAUCAUUCACAACCGCACCGUCAAAAGAGCCCAAGAACUAUCGGCCAAAAUCGGACACUCUGUUGUUGCCUCUUCUAUACGAGAGCUCGUCUCCAAGGCCGACAUCAUCUUCUACUGCCUUGGAGAUGACCCUGCCGUCUUGUCCACUCUCGAUGAGAUCCUCCAGUCCGAUGUCACAGGCAAGGUCUUGGUCGACUGCAGCACAGUACACCCUGAUACAACCACCAAAGAGGCGGAACUGAUUGAGAACAAAGGUGCCAGCUUUGUGGCAUGCCCAGUGUUUGGUGCACCAGCCAUGGCUGAUUCGGGUAACUUAAUCUGCGUCUUAGCUGGAAAAGUUGAAGCUGUGGACAAGGUCAAGCCAUUCUGCAAAGGAGUCAUGGGCCGAGAGAACAUCGAUUUCUCGGGUCAGGAACCUCGAAAGGCCACUCUGCUCAAAGUCCUCGGUAAUACCUUCGUGGUCAGUAUGAUUGAGACUCUGUCUGAAGGCCAUGUGGCAGCGGAAAAGACAGGGCUCGGGGUCAAAGAGCUUCACCAGUUUAUCGAGAUCAUGUUCCCCGGACCCUAUACAGCAUACUCGAACCGCAUGCAAUCGGGAGACUACUAUCAACGAGACGAACCUUUAUUUGCAGUCGACUUGGCCAGAAAGGACGCCCGUCACGCCAUGGAUCUCGUCAGCAAAGCCGGUGGUCGGAUGAAGAAUGUCGAACUAGCUGACUCAUACCUCAAAGUGGUCAAAGAAGUCCAAGGAGAGAAGGGCGACAUUGCCGGAAUAUAUGGAGCCAAGAGAGUCGAGGCUGGCUUGCCCUUUGGGAACCAGUAACGGUAAGGGACCACCAACAUCGGGGCUGAAAUGGUGGUUACAGGGAUCUACUUACUCCUCCCGUGCUUUGUGUUGGCUGCUGAGUAGACUUUGGGGAGCUUUGGUACCAGAACAUGUCACAGCUUUGCACCGUCGUUGUUUCUUUGCAUACACGGCACACCACCAAUGCUUGUCUCACGGCAAUGCAGAGCUCCAGAUCAAGAGAAGAACAUGAUCCACCAACCACUAGCGGAUUCCAAGAGCGAUCGGUGUCGAUCUCUGCAGCUGCGGUAAUCCCCGUCGCGGGCAAGAUGUUUAACGUGGGAAGCCUCCUUUCUUACCAACGCCUCACUUUCAAACACUCGACUAUCAUGAUUCGUGCUCUUAACAAUGUUCCAGUUACCUCAAAGAGAAAAAGAAAGGAGAGGAACAAAGAACCUCCGGAUCCCCACGCAAUUUGAUUUGUUUUCUCGUUGGUCACACCAUGUUCUGACCUCGACCCAACCAAGUCAUCGUCUGAGAGUGAAAGCCUUGGCUUUCCUUCAAUGACAAAGCUACGGAUCGACCGAAGCACUUGUGGAACCCAAGGAACGCUUGCACGAACAAACAAGUGACAGGAUUUCCAGAAUCGUCUUCUUGAAACCGAUGCCCAACCAUGACACUAGGAGAUGUUGAGACGAGCCAGAUUUAGCGUUGAUCAUCAACCUAUCCACUCUUGUACAGUAUCGACAUGCCACGCCCACUCCACGGCCACACGGCAUGCACCGUCCUUUCUCGCUCUCUCGUGCCACAUCCUGCUCCAUGAUUCAAUUGUGGGUCGUCCAAACUUGUUCUUCUGACUCCUUGCCGAUGGUGGUGGUGGUGGCGGUACCCACCUCCCCACUCGCAACUGGGGUUCGGUCUCGAUGUUUUCUACUGCCAAUUGCCCAAGAUCCCUCCCCUCGCGUUCGCGAAGAGUCAGCCUCAUUCCCAAGCAUGAGGUUGCACUUGUCACAUCACAUCCCCCCUUGCAUCAUCACCUUGCUGCCUUGGUUGGUGCUCGGUACCGAGCCGGCAACGCCCUUACUACCAGUCUUCGCUACGUCUCCAUUCACGACCCCAGCGCCGGCGAUGGAUCCCCUCCCUGCCCGUGGUGCCUCCGUCACUAUGUACUUUAUGUAUGUACGCUGACCCAUCCGAGUACAGUAAUAAAGUACUAUCAGCACCCACUCAAGUAGGUACAAACGUCAGUGAACAUGCCCUGAUGUGGGUCAUGGUCUCAUCGGCGCAGACUUCGACCUUUGUGGUGUCCGAUACGUCCCCAUGACCAGCUGCUGAAUCAUCUCCGCCAGGUGCCUACAGUUCGAGGUCAACGGGCGUGGUUAAAGGGCCUUUCUCAUUCUAUGCGCCGCGGGAAUUAAAACCAAUUACAAGGCAGCAUCACCC